CAACAUAAACACUUCACCAUCCGCAUAUCGUACUAUUCUUAAUCGGCUCCUGCGCGCAUGUUUGGGGUGUUGAGGGCUCGUCCAGCAUUAUCGCUGCUCGGUGCACGCCAUUUUGGUUCAGAGCUGAUACCAAAACGCUGGUGUGUCACACCAGUACGUGCAUGCAACACAAUGCAGGUGCGUACACUAACGUUCGCACGAUUGCGAACCGCUCCUCAUACACUGAAUCAAGUAGAUAAGAACACCUUGCGAAGGAGGUGGCCUUUAACAUGCUUGGGCAUGGGGAUAGGUAUGUUUUUCGCUCUCGCUUUAUCGUUAAAUGAGGCACAGGCAAAGUUGCCCGACACAAGUAUAGCUGACGAUGACACACUUCGAGAAUUUGUAUCGAGUCUACCUGAGUGCAAACUGAGGGAACGAGUAUACUACUAUCAGGGUGUCGUAAAAGAUGACAAUGGCGAACUCCAGGCCGCCGAGAAAUACCUGCGCCUGGCUCUGGUGGAGAUGCCAAAUUCAGUCAGGGCUCUUCUGAGGCUGGGCAAACUACUGCAGAAACAGGGCCGUAUGGAGGAGGCAAAGCGUUACUUUGAGGCUACCACGAGACACCACGCUAUUGCCGGCUUAGAACCUCUGGCACGAAUGGCGUGGAUUGAAGACAAUGACAUAUACGCCGCCUCAGAGCUGUACAACGCGCUACUGAAGAAAGGAGGAGGCGUAUCUGGUAUGAUCUCGGCCGGCGAGUUCGUAUGGCGAGGGGUGGGGGAUGCCAAACAGGCGGCCCAGCUCUUCCAGGCACUUUCGCAUAGGUAUCCAGAUAGUGUGGACGCUCUAUGUGCGGUGGCUACGUUCUUAUUCGAGGAAUUAGGCGAUACCGCCACAGCCCUGAAAUACACACAGAAAGCAGUCACACACAUGAGCGAUUCAGCAACUGUACUCGAACGGCGCGCAAAACGAUCCCCAGCAAUGUCACAGAAGAAGGUCCUAGAGGUUUGCGUCCUGCUCCGCACAUUCCUGCUGGCCUCCGGAACAGACGUGGAGGAGAUGACCGCCGAAUUAGCUGCAUGCGAAGCGGCCGCACACAGAUACGAAGAAGCUGCUCGCGAUGUGAAACGAGCCAAUCUCAUGCUGUGGAGGGACAAGGCUCUAACAUGGAAGAAAGAUGCUGCACUGGGCACACCGCAAUUUGAUCUCAAGAUCGAUGCAGACUUUGAAUUCGACCUGUAGACCGCCAUUGGUUGCUGCAAUAGUACAAAGGUUGAUGCUCCGCCUGUUGUUGAACAACUUGCGAUAGAUGAUGGCAUGGAAUGCUCUGUCGGUGGCACACCAGAUGCGUAGGUAUAGGUGCCAUGUUUACGGUGUCUAUGAAUGAUACAGGUAAUAAAAUAGAACCGAAGUUCUAUGACAUCCGGCCUCGCAGGGCUGAUCGCUUCUGCCCAGCAUGCUGAUGGAUUCGGAUGUGUUCAUGUCUCCCAUUUCAACUGAGAAACAUACAUACCAACCCAAAUACUCAUGCCGUUACGCGAAGCGAUUUUGCUUACGCCAAAAGGUUUUGGAAAUUGGGUGCCGAGAUUUUGGCAUGCACUACAUUUUCCAGGUCAGAGAACACACGACGACACAGAUGAGAUUUUACACAGAUGAAAGUAUACAUUUGUAGACGCUGAUAUAUCCCUGCUUCCUUCCUAUGUGUAAUAAAUCAUCAGCUACGGUUGUGGUUGUGUAGAAACGUUUCCAUGUGAAAGCAGAAUACGGGACUACGACGAUGAUGUAGACUCGAAUACAUUUGCGAUGCUACAGCGAGACGUUUGCUACAUCAGACGACGUAGAUCGUGCCAUUCAGACCUUCAAACAAUGUAGAUUUACAACUCAGACUUAGCAUUCAAGUGCGUUAAUCAUAAAUCAAUAGCAUUUUCACACAGA